AUGGAAUGUUCAGAGAAUUCAAUGAACAUCAUGGAGUACCAAAACGACAAAGAGGUAAUGGAUGUGUUUAACAAGAUUUCACAGCUCUUCCCAGGAAUGACGGAUACUUCAGUUUUGCUCAGAUCAGAGUGGAAUCAGAUCAAAGAUCACGGGACAAGUCACUUAUCGAUGAUAGAUCGCGAGAGGAAUGCUGUCUCGAUGACGAGUACGAUCAACGGUUACUUUGGGGCUUUGAUGCUGUCUCCGAGCACAGGAAUCGUCCUGAACAACGAAAUGGACGAUUUCUCAAUCCCUAUGAGAUCCAUGGGUAACCAAACUGUGCCGCCACCGGCACCGGCUAACUUCAUCCGUCCAGGGAAACGACCGUUGUCCUCCAUGACCCCAACCAUUGUACUCCAGCAUGGUAUAGUGAAAGCUGCCGUUGGUGCAAGCGGAGGGGUGAACAUUAUUGCCGGGACAAUCGAAGUUUAUUUGAAUUAUUUUUUCCUCAAGAGGGAUCCUCUUUCUGCUGUCUUGGCUCCAAGAAUCUACCAUAAGCUGAUACCGAACAUAGUCUCGCAUGAAAAUUGGACGACAGUGUUCAGCGAUCAUUUCGAGGUUCCUAAAGAGACAAGAGUUGUGCUGGAGAAUAAGGGUCAUGUCCUAAUGCCGAUCCCUGGAGGGACGAUUGCUCAGUUCGUAGUUCAAGAAUUUAGUGCAAAUUCAGGUGGAAUGGGUGAGCUUGUGGCGGUAAGUGAUCCAAGGAAAGGAGGGUUCCCUUCAGGAUAUUGA